UCAGUCCUGACACUGAUUUUGAUCUCACUCUUUCCUCGGGACUGAGGCCCAUCCAUAAUCACACCAUGACGAGCUACACCGAUAAAGGGGAGAAGCAUGAAAGGGGAAAGUUUGUCAGGUUUCAUCAUAUCACCUUCUGGGUCGGCAAUGCUAAACAGGCGGCCUCGUUCUACUGUGAUAAGAUGGGCUUCGAGCCUCUGGCCUAUAAGGGUCUGGAGACUGGCAGCAGAGAGGUGGUGUCUCAUGUCAUCAGACAGGAUAAGAUCAUAUUUGCGUUUGAAUCUCCACUAAAUCCUGGAAAUGAAGUGAUGGGGGAGCACUUGAUCAAACAUGGAGACGGAGUCAAAGACAUCGCUUUCCAAGUGGAGGACUGUGACUUCUUAAUCAAGACAGCUAAAGAGCGAGGAGCCGCGGUGGUGAAGGAGCCCUGGGUGGAGCAGGACAGCCACGGGAGGGUCAAGUAUGCUGUGGUUCAGACGUAUGGAGAUACGACACACACACUCAUCGAAUACCUCGGACCCUACAAAGGCCUUUUCCUGCCCACCUACAAAGAGCCUCUGUUUAGGGAUCCUCUGUUAGCCAAACUUCCACCAGCAGGUUUGAACUUCAUCGAUCACAUUGUGGGAAACCAGCCAGAUGAUCAAAUGGUGCCAGUUUCAGACUGGUAUCAGAAUUGUUUGAUGUUCCACCGGUUCUGGUCGAUAGACGACAAGCAGAUCCACACGCAGUACAGUGCACUGAGGUCCAUAGUGGUGACGAACUACGAAGAGACCAUCAAGAUGCCCAUCAAUGAACCUGCCAUCGGGAAGAAGAAGUCACAGAUCCAGGAAUAUGUGGACUAUAACGGGGGACCAGGUGUUCAGCACAUCGCCCUCAACACGUCAAACAUCAUCCAAACCAUCGUGAACCUGCGAGCCCGAGGGAUGGAGUUCCUCGCAGCGCCUGACACGUACUAUGAAACCCUGCGGGAGAAACUCAAAACCGCCAAGAUCAAGGUGAAGGAGGACCUCAACCGUUUACAGGAACUGAAAAUCUUAGUUGACUUCGAUGACAAGGGCUACCUCCUCCAAAUCUUCACCAAGCCUGUUCAGGACAGGCCGACCCUCUUCCUGGAGGUCAUCCAGCGGUACAACCACUUUGGCUUUGGGGCAGGAAACUUCAAGUCUCUCUUUGAGGCCAUUGAGAAGGACCAAGACGCCAGGGGCAACCUCACCGUGCUGACACCUGAAGGCCAGGCCAAAACCUUCAACUGAUCCACACGCUGCUGCUGCCAAACCACACUUAGACUGUUAUAUAUGGCUCUACAUUUCAGAGGCAAUCAACAGCACCCACCACAACUACAGUAUAUCAAACACAUAUACAGGGUGUUGAAUAUCUUCAUGUGACGAGGUGCAAGUGCUAUCAGAUAUGCUUUAAGCUGUCAGUGGCCUGCGUGCUGUAUGGCUAAAUAAAGAAAGUCAUGUUCA